AUCAGUAACAUCCUAGAUUUGAAGCUUUCGUGACUGCAAGGAUUUUCACACUCUAAGGUUUUUUCGGUAAAGUUACGUAGGUAAAAAAUAAAUAAAAAUAAAAUAAAUAAUAAAGCAAUAGAAGAAAGCAAAAUUUUUUUUCUUCUAUUAAUUAUUUUAUUAUUAUUAUUUUUUUCCCUACGUAUGAGUAUCAGUAACAUCCACACAGCAUCAACCCUUCCCAUCCCCUCCUCGUGUUGUUACUGCGGCUCCCAGCCAUGCGUGGCGAUCGGACAGGGUCACCCUAACCACCACGACCACCCCACCAAAUCGACUCCUCUUGGCCAUGUCCACCAUCUCCAAGGUCACCCUGGGCCUUGCCGUGGUCUUCACGGUGUCCACCGUGGCCGGAGUCCACCUCAAGCAGCAGUACGACAGGCAGAGACUGCGUGAGGGUGUGUACCGUGACAUUGAACGACAGGAGCGCAAGGCAGAGAACCUGCGGCGACUGCAAGAGCAGGCAGAGCUGUCUCGCAUACUCGAGGCCGAACGCCAGCUCCAGUUGGCCGAACAAGACGGAGACACCAGCAAACACUAGCAAGUGCCGUCCUCAUUACGAGACGGUGCUCCUGAAGCCAAACUACAUUUUUUUCCUCUCCCCUCUCCUUGAUCAGAGCCAGCUCUUAGGGAAAAAUCAAGCUGUGCCCUGUAUCGGAUUGUGAAUAAGAAUAGCUGAAAGGCUGUAUAAAACCUCAUUGACACGUUGGUGUGUGUAUGUGCACGAGUUGUCCGCAUCACUUAAAUGACGGAUAUGAAGAAGACUAAAGACUUAACUGUUGAAGCGGCCGAGGCUAAAGUGGACAGUGACAUGGUCAGGACUGUCACCAGCCCAAAGGGUGAGGGUGAUACUCCUGCGGGUAAGGAUACAAGUGGAGAAUGAACGUGGUUUCCAAGGAAGCAGGCACUGGAAAAUCUGUGACCGGGAGUUAUUGCGUGAAGAACGGGAGUGGUAUUAUUAUAGACGUGUUGCACUUAUACUGUGAGCACUUCCAUCGCAAAGCAGCAAGAGAUUUCUGCAUCCUUAUUGGUGAUUUAUUGUUGCUAAAGUGGGUUGCUACCCACUGUAAAUGCUUGGUAAUGGGCUGCUAUCUGAAAAUAAAUACCUCCUAUGGUUAAAGAAA